AUGUCUCGCACGUUCAACAACCUGCUCGCCGUUGUCUCUGCUGCCCUUGGGCUCGCGUUGGCCAUCGUCCAUCCGCUCGUCACUGCAUUUGGCGUUGGGGCAAUGGUGCUCUGCGGAAAGACUUCCAAGGCUCCUCCCGAAGGAGCAAACCUUGGAGAAGAAAGUCCCAGUCCUACUGAGACGUACACGACUUCCGAAUUCGACAACCUCAAGGCGCGGCUCAAGCUCGCCGAGCUCGACGAACGCAUCAUCGCGACCGAGCUCGGUGCAACCAAGGCACUCAACACUGUCUUGGAGACCGAACUCGCGGCGUUGCGUCCGGCGUUCAAGAUCCAGGCCGACAGGUGCCGAGAGCGCAUCAGGAUUCGGGACGAGGAAGUGGAGGCGUUACGGGAACAGGUGUACGACGCCAACGAGAGGAGGAGGAACGAGAAGGCGGAGGGCGACAAGCAGAGGGACCACACCCGUCGGGUCGAACGCAAGCUUCUGGCUCUUUCCAUCGCAUGGAGCUACUCCGAGCAGAGCAUAGCUGCCCUCCCCCCUCCCCCGUCGCUCUCUAUCUCUCCCUCCACCGACAUCCAAGCCCUUCAGACGGCUCUCACCGAAGCCAACCGUCGAGUCGAGGUUCAGACCGACCGCGCGGAGCUAUCUGGACAGGUGUUACAGGACUUGCUUCAUGUUAACGAGCAGGUCUGCGCACGGAUGGAGGCACUCGAACGCGUGAUAGCGGAGCUGAGGACCGGAACAUCGAAGGUCUUCAGCGUUCGCGAUCACCAUGCUGCCUCGCUCCUUGCCCCCGUCGCCCUAUCCUCUUUCAAUUCCGUCGUCAACUCUCCCCGCAUUCCUUCUCCCUUGAUCUCGUCCUCGUCUCUCCCCAUCGUUUCCAUGGAUUAUACAUCGUCCUCAAUAUCGCCCUCUACUUUAAUACCCCUUGCCCAGAUCGCCCAAGCUUCAUCCGAUCACGAUCUCAGCUCUCCCCGUAUUCCUUCUUUAAUGACCUCGUCUGCUUCUCUUCCCAUCCUCCCCAUGCAUUCUACAUCAGCUCCACCGCUAUCUUCUAAUAUGGUAACUAUCUCUCCUUCCACUCCCGCACUCUCCUUAUCCUGUCCAUCACCCUCUUGCACUUUAUCCGUGCACUCCGGUUUCUCUCCAAAGGCUUUCUUCUCGUCUUCCGCCUCCGCGCCCCAUUCCCUCUUAUAUCCCUCUCAUGACCCCGCCGAGAUCGACACCGCUUUCUUCGACCACAUCCAUCAUUUGGACCAGCUCGUCGCGUCUCUCGAGUCGAAGAUCCAGGCGCUCGAGUACACUAAUCAGGAGCUCGAGGGUGACCUAGGCGACCAAUUAUCCAUCGCUAUGCAGCUCACGGAGGUGAUCUUCUCCGUGGGCCAGGCACCCGCUGCCAAUGACGAGGAGAUCAAUAUCAUUAAGCGCGUCAUUCUCAAGACGCUUGACGAGCAGGAGCUAGAGGAUGUCGAGAAACACAUCGCGGAUAGGAAGAGCCUUCACGCGUCUCCGCAAAUCAUCCUCACCCAGCCCGAAGGUGGGAUGGUGCGCGGAGUGGACAAUAUCAGCCGGCUGAUCUCAACACGCAACUAUUUCUAUUCCCCGAUGUCCGCGUCGACUACCUCUGCAUUGGUUAGCUCUGACCACAUGGCUGUUAGUAAAAUUGUCUCCGACGUCGAUCGGCCCAUCGUCGAUGGGCCGCUACUGAAUCUUUGGGGCUACGACCCAUCACCCCGCGACCUAGCCGAUUUUUCGUUUGGUGUCGACGUUCACGCAUGCGCAGGACAGGAGAAGGCAGAGGAAGAUCUGCCCGAGGGUUCAACAUGUGUCACUGGUGACACAUCGUCAGUAUCUCUCUCUUCAGACGACGAUGACACGGAGUACUCGACGGACGCGGCAUCAUCUAGCUCAUCUUUGAUGUCGUCCCCUACAUUGCCGUUCACUCCUCUAACUUCAUCACGAUCUACCUCUCCGCCGACUUCACCAUCAACGCCUUCGGUGACCUGCCUAGACGAUAACGAGUGGUUUCUACCGAAGGAAGGACUCGAGAAAGAGAGUCUUAGUCCUGCUCAGACGUCCACCACUUCCGAGAUCGAUAACCUCAAGGCGCGGCUCAAGCGCGCCGAGCUGGACGUACGCAUCAUGGUAAACGAGCUCGGCGCGACCAAGGCAUCCAAUAUUGUUUUGGAUACUGAGGUUGCGACAUUGUGCUCCGCAUUCAAGACACAGGCCGCUGACAGGCUCCGAGAGCACAUCAGGAUCCAGCAUCAGGAAGCGGUCGCUUUGAGGGGGCAAGUGUACGACGCGAAUGAGAGGAGGAAGAAGGCUCUCCACGCCGUCGUGACAGCACAGAAGGUCACGGAGGGCGAGAAGGCGUUUAGGAUCCAGGCGGAGGUGGCGGUCGACCAGCAGAGAGACGAGGCCAAGCGAGUAUGA